ACAAGUCGUCUUAAACAAGAACGAGGCAAAGCUUCAAAGGCUAAAAUCGAAAGGUGUAAUAUUUGCAAUCCAAUGGGAAAUGUUAUUCCCUCCCUCAGGUGAUCCACCGAACGCAGAAGUGUUCGACAUCAAACUACUGCAUUUACCGCUCCGCAACAUUUGUUAUCUUAAGGCGCCUUCCACUGGAUGGCACGAAAUGCCUCCGCACGAUGACGAUAGUCCUGAAGCCAACAUCGUCCGAAUCAAAUGUUAUGGAAAUGACUUGUCUCACCGUGCCUCUACAGAAAUUUCAAACGGCGAAUUUGAGGAUAUUUGGACUAAAAUAACUUCAACUAUUGUGGCACUUGAAGAAAGUGUACUGUGGAAGAAAAUCAAAGCCCUGAAAACCGACCCCAUCGAUCGCCAAACUCAGCAGCAUCUGGAAGAGAAAGUCAAAUAAUGGAGGUUCGAACGACGCAAAGUUGAUAUUCACAGUUGUUUACCAGACAAGCUACCAGAUGAACUACUGUUUGGUCGAUCCCAAGAAACACAGCAAGUCAUAGAAAUCAUUGAAGAGGGUACAAUCCCUGUUGCUUUGAUUAUUGGAGGACCAGGAUUUGGAAAGACAACUGUAGCUAUCUCAGUAGCUCAUGAAUUAGCGAGAACCGAAAACAACAGGGCUGUGCUGUUCUACAGUCUUUCAUCAAGAGCAAGUCUAAAUGAAGUAGCCACAGAGAUGAUCCAUUCAUGUGGAGAACUUCAAACGAAGUUGCCCGAGAAUCCUGAGCAAUGGCUCAAAAACUGGAGUAAACAGAUUCAUACCCGUGUAACCUUUGUCCUCGACCAUGCAGAUGAUAUCAUCGACUCUUACUGCAGAAAACAGUUUAUAAGCCUGUUGCGUACUGCAAGAAUGCUGUCAGAGAAAAGAGUGACCUAUGUCAUCACCACAAGGAAGACUUUCAAAGAUUCUGAAUUGCAAACUGGUGAGUUAAGACUUAACCCGUUAUUGCCCGAGGAGGCAAAGAAUAUUCUUGUCUCUCGCGUGUACGACAAAGAGGUCCGAAAAAAGAUGAGCAGGACAGAGGAAAUAGUCGAACUAUGUGGUUUUGUUCCUUUGGCACUCUGCGUUGUUGGAUCCUCUUUAGAUUUCCCAGAAGAAAGGCUUAUUAAAAACCUCAAAGAGAAACCACUGGAGGUUCUGGAAGAUGAUCAGAAUUCAGUGAAGAAGGCGAUAGAGACUUCAUUCGAUCUCUUAGAGAAAUCUGAAAAGGAUGCUCUCGUUCUCCUGUCUGUGUUUCCGUGUUCAUUUGACUCAGAUGCUGCUGAGGCUCUUGUGGAAGUAUGUACGAACUCUAUAAUGCUGCCCAUUUCGAUCCUUCGGUCCUUGAAAAACAGGUCUCUCGUCGAGCAGCCAAGUUCCCAAAGAUAUCAGUUGCAUUCACUGAUCAAAGUCUUCGCGAAAAAUGUUUGUACAUCAGCACCUCUGUUAGCUAAGGGAGAGAAGGUGGCAUGUACUCAUUACAUGUGUCGCCUUGCAAAAAAUGCCAAUCUCUUUUGGGGUAAAGACUCUUGCAAACAGUCCUUCGACGCCUUCGAUGAAGAUAGACAAAAUUUUGAGCACUUUCUUCUGGCCUACACCCAAGGAAGGGAGAAUGAAGAGAUUGCUGUCAUGGACUCCUGUGAAGAGUUUCUCACCAGUCUUCCCCAGAAACUAAUGUACCUUGAGAAGUGUGUCCUUCCCAGAUUUUACAUCGAGUUCUUAACAAAGCUAAUGGAACCGUCCAUCCAGAUACUCAUCCUGUGCAUAAAGUGGAACUUUAUUGUCUUCUUGGACAUGAAAUGA